AUGGCUUGGGAACAUCUAGAACCAACAAAGUCACACGUAGCCUAUGCAUGUGUAGCAGUAUUCUCCAUCAUGUUUUCAGUUUUUUCUUUAUUUGUUAAAGAAAAGUUAUACAUUGGCGAAUCAACUGUCGCAGGUAUAUUUGGCCUUAUAGUUGGACCCCACUGUCUACAUUGGUUCAAUCCAACAUCUUGGGGUAAUUCGGAUUCCAUCACUUUAGAAAUUAGUAGAAUUAUAUUAUGUCUACAAAUAUUUGCUGUUGCUGUAGAAUUACCGAAAAAAUAUAUGUUGAAGCACUGGCUAAGUGUAACCAUGCUAUUAGUUCCAGUUAUGACCGCUGGUUGGUUAAUCGUCGGAGUUUUUGUUUUCAUACUAAUUCCAGGUUUUAGUUUUUCGGAUGGAUUAUUAGUAUCUGCAUGUAUAACAGCAACUGAUCCAAUUUUAGCACAAUCCGUGGUUUCCGGUAAAUUUGCACAAAAAGUCCCCGGCCAUUUAAGAAAUCUACUAAGUGCGGAAAGUGGUUGCAACGAUGGGAUGGCAUUCCCAUUUAUUUAUUUAUCCCUAAAUUUAAUUAUACACCAUGGUCAUGAUCGGGUACGUGAAAUUGUAAAAGACUGGAUUUGCGUUACAAUUUUGUACGAGUGUAUAUUUGGCUGCUUUUUAGGGGUUGUGAUUGGCUAUGGCGGUAGACAUUUAAUUAAAUUUGCAGAAGAAAAGAAAUUGAUUGAUCGAGAAUCUUUCUUGGCAUUUUAUGUAUGCUUAGCAUUUUUAUGCGCUGGUUUCGGUUCCAUAUUGGGAGUAGACGAUUUACUAGUUUCAUUUUCCGCAGGUGCCGCUUUUGCCUGGGAUGGUUGGUUUUCCAAAAAGACCAAAGACAGUCAAAUAUCCACAGUCAUUGACUUAUUGCUAAACUUGGCCUAUUUUGUUUAUUUUGGUGCUAUUAUCCCAUGGGAACAAUUUAAUAAUGGCCAUCUGGGUUUGAAUGUUUGGAGACUAAUCGUUUUAGCAAUAGUUGUCAUAUUUUUAAGAAGAAUUCCUGCAGUUAUUGCAUUUCGUCCCUUGAUCCCGGAUAUUAAAACAUGGCGUGAAGCUUUAUUUGUUGGUCAUUUUGGUCCUAUUGGUGUUGGCGCCAUUUUUGCCUCCAUCUUAGCUAGGGCUGAAUUGGAACAUGCCAGCACCGGUGAAAAGACACCUUUAAAAAGCUUGCCUUUAGAAGGAACAAAAUACUACCAAUUAAUUGCUACCAUUUGGCCCAUUGUUACAUUUUUUAUUUUAACUUCUAUUAUUGUCCAUGGGUCUUCUGUGGCAAUUAUAGUACUAGGACGCCAUCUAAAUACAAUAGCAUUAACCAAAACGUUUACCACACAUACUUCAAAUGGCGGUAGAGGGCCAAGCUGGAUGUCUAGGUUGCCAGCCUUGGAUAAGGAAGGUAGAUCCUUUUCUUUACAGCGUGUUGAUACAAUGGCACCACCCUUAUCUUCCACUAGUACUGAAGAUGAAAAGAUAAGUUUUGAAAACAGCAAUUCUGCCCAGUCGUUAAAUUACCAUAGACAGAAUAAUGGUUUGCCGGAUGUUAUUUCAAGAAACAGCACCAUUGAGACGAGCGGCAUUCCAGCUAGGCCAAUCGGUGGUGCAAAGAGAAAAAAAGUUGGUUCUAGAAUCAACAAAAUUAGGAAAAAGAGGAAAGAAUUGUUUAGUUUGGAUAAUGGUUAUUCCGAAUUAAAUAAGAUUGAACAAGAAAGAAUCAAACGUGAAAAGGAAGCUCAAGCAGAUGCAUUUGCUUUAACCCCAAGGGUAAGACCUAUCGAGGAAGAUGAAAGAGAUUACUUAGAAAGCCAUCCCAAGCAACAACAACAAUAUCAAGGAGAGGAGGAAACGGAAGACAAAGAUUCAGAAAGAAGUAAUAGUGACGGUAUUUUGGAUUCUUAUGAUAAAGACCGCCAAAUUGAAAAGACAGUUACCAUGAUGGACCAAGAUAAUACCUCUAACGUGAUAGCACAUUUAGAUACUUUGGCAACAAACGUACAAGGUUCUCCCGAUAAAAUGUAUAUUAAAAAUGAACUAGAUUCUACUGCACAUGGAGACUUAGAAAAGGGGCCAAUCAGUGUUAAUUAUGGAAAUGGCACUUCUUCUUCAACUACUAAUGAGGAAGAAGAAGAGGAAGGUACUGAUAGCGAGGAAGCUACAAAUAGAGAAGAUGCUAAGGACCGCGACAACCAUGAUCAAAUUGCAUAUGCCGAAGGUAAUAAAGUCAUUAUUGAAAAUAGACAUGGUGAAAUUAUCGAUGAGGCUAGUUUGGAUACACAAAGGCCUGAAAAGGAUGUUGCUAGAAGAAAGUUGAGCAACCGUACACAAACAGAGGUUGGAAACUCAGAAAAGGAGGAAAGUGAUGGCAGGUCUAUCAUCAGUGAUACGGCAAGCAGGAUUAGUACAGUUCCUAGCAAUUCUAGUUACUUGAGAAGAGUCUUGACCCCCACCAAAAGCAAUCCACUGGACAAGAAAUAUUUUGCAUACAAGAUUGAUAACCAUUUAAUCAUUGAAGAUGGAAAUGGAGACGUUUUAAGAAGAUAUAAAAUAAAUGUGCAUUCAUCUAAUAAAAAUAAAUCUGGAGAAAGUAUUGUUGAAGAUGGCUCUACUAAGAAAAAAGCUAAUACUAAUAGGGAAAGAAGUGGGUCUGUAUUUAACAAAGCAUUGUCAGCUGUUGGUUUAGGUAAAAUAACAUCUAAUACCUCGAAGAUAUCACCGCAAUCAUCACCACCGGCUGGUAAAAAUGUUUUUUCUACAAACACUUCCAAUAAUAACACUAAACCUUCUCUGUCUAUUAAUACAAAAGUAGCAAAUGGUGUUAAAUCCAGUGAGUUAAACAGUGCUAUCAGUACUAAGACAAAUAACAGGGGUUCGACGCCGGUGUCUAUGGUUAAUACUAAAAGAUUUGCCGAAGAUAAAAGGAAGUUGACACCUUUGCCAUCGCACCAAGAUGAUACUUACAGUGAAGAUCAAAGCGAUGGUACUCAAUAUAGCGAAGACCAAGAUACUGGAACUGAAGAUGACAGUAACUAUUAUUAUUACUCUGAUGAUGAUCAAAGUGAGGUUAACGGAUUUAGAAAGUUAGGAGAUUCACCAAGACCAAAAAAUAGUAACGGACAUAAUCGUGAUCUUGCCGAUUCGGAUAGGAAAACCAAUACUAAUAACAAACAGGGUAAAUCUUUAGGUGAAUACGGUACAGAAAGUUCGGAUACUGAAGGGGAAGAUGAAAGAGAUGAAACACAAUUUGAAAAAUCAAGAAGACUAGCAGCUUUAGGUGCUAUGCCACAACCUAGACAAGAUGAUGAUGAAGAAGAAAUUUUCUCCCCAGUUAUUACACAUCCUUCGAAGGCCCAUAAGUUUCAUUUAUAG